CAGACCCGGAAGUGAACCCGCCGGGAUUCCGGCACGAGCGCGGAUCGACCAUGUUUAGGUGUUGUUUAUUAGUAACUCUUUUGUGUUUUAUACACCGUGGGAAUUCAGAAGAAGCAGACUGUUUUCCAUCGGAGUGGUUGAAGUCAGUGUCGAUGUCUGUGAAGAUCUCCAAAGCAGGAUUUCACAGAGAUCUUCACUACAGAGUUCAGUGGAGCAAAACAGAGCAGGAAGUCCACGCUUUACUAGUCCAGAAGCUGCCCAGUGGGGUUUAUAUGGAUGAAUAUCAGCUGGAUACACUGAGACGCGACACGGGUUUGGAGGUUCUCCUGGAUUCAAAGGUCGAUGUGGAAGCUCCAGAGUAUCUGUCCUCUGGGUUCACGGCGCUGGUGUUCCUCUCAGGAAGACGCGAGGCGGUGGUUCCCGUUCACGGCCGGUACCACAGACCCUCAGACUCCAGCAAACGAGUGAAAGUAGAGCUGGAGUCGCCCAGACUGCUCCUCAGAUCAGAGCAGUGUGAGACUCUGCAGACGCUCUCGCUGAAUGAAUCCAGCCUGGUCCGUGAACGCGGCGUAGCGGUCGAUGCUCCCUGUACCGCCAGCAACCACAGCAUCUGCUCCUGGACGGAGAUCCUGGAGCUAGAGGAUCAUGCGGGAGUGAGUCUGGAGCUCCCGGUCGGUGAUUCGUCGAUGAUCAUCAGUGUGUGCGGCGUUACUGUACUGACAACCGUACUGUGCUGUGUUUACCUGCUCAGAAACAUCUGGAAACACGGCAGCUUCUGAUCACACAGUGACAGUGUAAGAAGAAGAAGGACGAGUGCUUUAGAGAAACGUGCAUGAAUGAAUGGAUUAAUAAUCAUGUAUUGCUGCAUUACUGUAAUUGUAAAUAAAGCUGAAUGUUACUUUGUUUAAAAAAA